AUGGCUCGUCUAGUCUCGGGCGAUACAGAAGCGCAGCACACUGGAGAUCCCAGCAGCAAACGCGGUGGCUGGACAACUUUUCCGUACAUGAUUGCUACAUUGUUAGGUCUGUCCAUAACUUCUUUUGGGUGGGUAAUGAACUUGAUCGUCUUCUUGAUCGAGGAAUUCAACAUCAAGAACAUCGCUGCUGCUCAGAUUGCAAACGUUGUCAAUGGAUGCCUCAGCAUGUUUCCUGUUGUUGCAGCCAUUUUAGCUGAUUCUUUCUUCGGAAACAUUUCCAUCAUAUCCGCCUCUGCUUUCAUAUCUCUGACUGGCAUCCUUCUCUUGACUCUGAUCGCAUCUUUGGACUACCUGAGACCUACACCGUGUGAAACAGGGUCAAGCCUAUGCCAACCCCCAUCAAAACUCCAGCUCGGGGUCUUGUUUGCAGCCUUAGCUCUAGUAACAACUGGAGCAGGUGGGACACGGUUCACCUUAGCAUCCGCGGGUGCAAACCAAUACGAGAAAGCUAAAGAUCAAGGAAGCUUCUUCAACUGGUACUUCCUCACCUUAUACGCUGGAGCUAUCACCGGUGCAACAGCAAUUGUCUACACACAGGAUAAUGCUAGCUGGAAACUUGGCUUCGGCCUCUGUGCUGCUGCUAAUUUGGUCAGUUUCAUAGUCUUCGUAUGCGGGAAGAGACUUUACAAGCAUGACAAACCAAUGGGAAGUCCUUUCAAAUCCCUAAUCCGUGUUGUAGUCGCUGCUACAGUGAAAAGAAAAGCCUUGAUUUCUUCAAAAGAAGAAGACUAUCACCAUGGAUCUGAAAAAGAGACAAAUACUUGUGCUGAAAUACCCUCUAAGAGCUUCAGGUUCUUGAACCGUGCAGCGUUGAAGACAGAAGACGACAACAUGUGGAGACUAUGCACUGUUCAGGAGGUAGAAGAUUUUAAAUCCAUUCUCCGGCUUCUUCCUCUGUGGUUAGCCAUAAUCUUUGUUAGUACUCCCAUGGUGAUGCAAACAAGUUUGAUGGUACUCCAAGCUCUGGUUAUGGACCGUGGGCUCGGCCCACAUUUCAAAGUUCCGGCCGGGUCCCUCCAAGUCAUAAUACUCAUCACUGCAUCAACUUUUAUCAUCAUUAACAAAUGGAUUGUCUAUCCCAUGUACCAGAAGCUAGCCCAUAAGCAGCUGACACCACUUAAAAAAGUUGGUGUAGGCCAGAUUCUCACCAUCAUAAGCAUGGCAGUAUCAGCAGUUGUGGAAACAAAAAGGCUUAGAAGAAUUGAAAAUGAUCAUCCCAUGUCAGUCCUAUGGCUGUUUCCUCCUCUCGUUAUAAUGGGAAUAGGAGAGGCCUUCCAAUUUCCGGGGAAUAUUGAAUUAUUCUAUGGAGAGUUCCCAGAGUCUCUGAGGAACACUGCUACUUCAUUGACGUCACUUGUGAUUGGAAUCUCUUUUUAUCUGAGCACAGCUCUGAUCGAUCUUAUUCAGAGGACCACCAAGUGGUUACCAGAUGACAUUAACCAUGGAAGAGUUGACAAUGUUUACUGGGUUUUAGUCAUUGUAGGAGUCUUGAAUUUCGGUUAUUUUAUUGUCUGCUCUUGGUUUUACAGAUACAGAAAUCUCCAAGUUGGUUAUAAUGAUGAUGCCGUUUCAACGUGAAGACACAGCAACAUGUUUGCUUCAGUUUUCUCUUAUUUGUUGCGUGCUCCUGUUAAGUUUAAUGUUUGUGUUUGUUCAUUUUCACCAUGUUGAGUGUGUUUUCUCUAAUCGAAGUGAUAUCUUAAAUUUUGUUGCAGUUUUUUUUCUGAUUUGUUGCAUGCUUCUUCAGUUCUUUUCUCAUGUUUAGCAUCCCUGAAUGUAACCGA